GGAAAUGAAGACACAAACAACUCCAGCAGUACUACAUCCUUUACUAUGAUUCCAGACCAUAAGUUGCAAGACAAUAGCAGUUCAUCCAAUCUUACUGUUAUAUCAUCCACACAAUCUACAGCAACAUCUACAGUAGGUAUGUCCACCAGUACUACUCAUCUGACCAGUACUAGUCAGCCCACCAACACCACUAUGUCUGUCACCUUGAUGACUCAGCCCACCAAAACCAGCCAGACAAGAAGGUCCACCACAGCUUCAUCAGUCACAUCAUCACAACUCAAUAUUACAGUGGUGACCACUUCCAAGAUUUCUUUCACUUCUGUAACAGCCACAUCAAAAUCCGAGGCUGUCGUAGCCAAAACCUCCAGAUUUGAUGUGGGCAGUUUUGUAGGUGGCAUUGUGCUGACACUUGGAGUCCUAGUUAUUCUCUACAUCGGAUGCAAAACCUACCACUCUAGAAGAGGCAUUCAGUACAGAACCAUUGAUGAACAUGAUGCCAUCAUUUAAAGAGACUUCAGGGAAGACGGUGUUGGAAACUCAUCCUAUCAAUCACAGCUGUUGUAACUUACUUCUGAGAGUUCCUUUCAUAAAGAUGAUCAUAGUCUCUAAACUUGUCUUGGGUGUGAUCCUGCAAAAUGUUGAGAAGCUCUUUAAACAUCCUGAUUUUUUUGCUUUGGCUUUCAUAAGAAGAGGAGGAACUCAGCACUUUGUAGAGACAGUAUUUUCUUUUUCCAGUAUUUGUAACCAAACUUAAAGAAACACAUAUAUUGAGUCAUUUUAAGGUAUACACACAAGUCUCUGAAAUAACUAAUUACUAGCACAGUGGAUUGCAUCAUUGCAAUUCUAAGUAAGUUCAAUUAUUUCUCACAUACUGCGUAAAUCCAGUGUGUUCCAUAAUGGAUACAGUAGGUUAAAUAGGAUAGCUUUGAGACCAAGCAUAGGUUUUUGCAAGUAAAUUUUUUUUCCCCUAAGAUUUUGUAUUAAAAUGUAUUUAUUUUGAAGUUUGACGUGAACUUUAGUUUAGAAAUUUUGGAUUUUGAACAAUUCAGUUAAUUUUUAUUAGGCUAUAAAGGAACAUGGUUUGCUAACUGUAUAGAAGGUAAUAAUGAGUACUUUAAACUUCAGUCAUUAGCUCACCAGUGACGUGCAGAGACUUUCCUUAACAGGCUAUACAAUGAGACUAGCUGCAGGAAGCAUGGACAGACCAGAGAUACCCAUCCACGACCCUUUUCUCUAAAUGGGUCCUUGUAAGAAAACAGACUAUGCGAUCCAUAGCUUCUUUUUUCUCGCAUGUCCUAACAAAGCAUGUGCAAUUGAAGAUAAAAUAAAAAUGGAAAAAAGUCAUUGCACCAUCAUAAAUACAAUAAAAUAUGAAAAUUGUUUAUAAAAAUUGGCUUUUAAGCUGAACGUAGCAAUCAUGUCACUCGGGUUUUAUUAUUAUGAAGCUGUAUGCAAUGUUUUAGCAGCAUUUGAUAAGCAUUGAAAGUAACAUAGAGAAGUGGAAAAUCUGUAAGAUAGCAUUUUAGAAGAAUAUAAUUGCAUUUUUACAACUAUUUUCAGAACUUGGUACUGCUGCACACAUGUACAGAGGUCUGGUCAAAAGCCCACUGAAGGCAACAGGGCAUCUCUCAGAAGGCCUUUAGAUUAAGGCCCAAAUACACUGGGGGUCCUGUGCAAGAUGGCUGAUGCUGCUUCCAUGUCACCUCUGCGUUUACACUGAGGUAAACCUGCUGACUUCAGUAGAUGGGCUCCUGAUUUACACUGGUGUAAGGAAAACUAGAGCAAGGAUCAAAAAACACAGGCCUGCAUCUCCUUCUGUCACUGAAUAAUUGUUCGGUCCUGCUCAGCCUCCACUUGUAGACCUCUCUCUGGUGAAGAGGGUUGAUGUGGUGGGACUUGAGCAUCCUGGUUACUGCUGGCAUUAGUCCAUCAGGCAGGCACAGACGGGAGGUGGUGACAGCUGAGGAAGGUCACAACAGGAACUGCAUAUGGGUCUGUCAGGGGCUGGGGUACAAUGCAUCAAGGGAAAUAAGACUACAGCUCUGGCACAGGUUAAUUUUUUUUGUUGAGCAAUAGUUUAUUCUGACAUGCAGUGUUAAAGUGGCCAUAUGGAUGGUUUUUUCCUUUUUCACAUGGAGUAGUAAAACCGCUGUGUCCGAGGCACAGCCAACUCCAGCAAACCAUGGCUCAUGAGUAGUCUUAAUAACACCAGCCACGCAACUGAAACGGGGGUAGCCAGGCUGUUUUGCUUUUUACUGAGAUUGAGGUAUGGGGGAAGAGUGAGUUGAAGUAACUUUUGUGAUUUAUCUUAAUUGCAUUGUUUGGUGGUGGAAAGCUUCUGGUUUUCACUUGAAGAGUUUGGAAACAAUUCUUCCAUAGAACUGCAAUUCCUUACUUUUUGUAGAAAUUGAGACAAUUAAGUGCAACUCAAUUACUUGGAUUGUUUCACCUCUGUUGUACAGAUGAAUAAAUAAAAUUCAAUCUUUGGAGUUACUA